AUGCAGGCAAUUGGAAACCAUGUUGGUCUUACAAUUGGUGGUUCAAAUGGUCAUUUUAAGCUCAAUUUCUUCAAGCUAAUGAUUUCCAGUACUCUUUUACAUACCGGGAUCAUGAUGGAGGUUGAUUAUAUGCUGUUAUAUGGAGCUACAGAAUCUUCAAUUAGUCUUCUUCAAAAAUAUCACAUUCUUGAGAUUUUGUUACCAUUUCAGGCGGCAUGCAUUUCUAGACAACCUUCUGGAUCUGAGCAAAAUUCUGUAGUUGGGUUGCUAGAUAUGAAGGGGAUGAAAAAAGAUGAAAGAGACGAACUAAAUGAUUGUUUUCACAAAUUUAAUAGCUUGGAUGUUAAAUUUGAUAAAAUGGAUGAAAAGCAGUUGCCAAGACUAGCCCAUAUUGAGGGAAGUAAACUGAAGGAAGCUACUAUAAAAGUCAGAGUGCUGACAAGUGAAGAAUUUGAUGCAAAGUUUGAUAAAUCUGAAUUAGUACAAUUUUAA